UGACUGGAUCCCUGAUGAGCUGCCUGAUACGUGGUCAUGGCAUUUCACCAGGGGCUUCCUUGCUCUUGGUCUAGUGGGCUUUUUCAAGUCAUUCCUCAUAGCCAGACCAUGGCAGUGGUGGAAUGUCCGGGUCGGCGGUAGACGUCGGGGAGGACGUGAUCGACUUGAGAACAUCAACAUGUUUGUGGUUAUGAUUGGAGUAGCGACAUUCCUGAUAGCUGUCUGGAAGGGCGUCAGCGCCUUGUCUGCCCGGUUCCUAGAGAAGUUCAGCGACACGAUCAUCGACGUCCCAGGGGAUGACGAUGACGAGGAUGGAGAUGUAGGAGCCGAGACGAAGAAAGAGCAAUGAUUUCCCACAAUCUAUCGCGCGCUCCCUGUCCGUCGUCAAGCCGACUUCACUAUGCAUGACCCCAGCUCCUUUCUUAUGGAACCGCACACUCUUAAGUUGCCUCGGAUCUGCUCUACCAUGCUGUUGCAACUAGUCUGUAUGCGAAGAUGAAGGUCUCGUCACUUCCUAGGACUGUGGGCGUUUUGUUCACCUUCCACCAUGGACCAGUACGAGCAUGUCAACUCGGACGCUGGGGAAGAGAUCCUCGGGCCUCUUCCUCAUUCUUGGUCUGCUCUUCGGGCCGCAUGGUCACAUUUACGGAGGCGCAGCUUCAGCAGCAGAUUGAUACAUUUUUGAGUAAAUACUGUGCUAGCGUCAGUGUACCAAGUCAUACCAAUUCAUUCCU